UCAAAAUAUGUUUGGGAAGUUUGAAAUUCCAGUGAACUGUGAAAAAUAUUUAAUGUUGACGCUGAAAACGAUGUAACGUAACAAUAAAAUUCAAUACGCAUCAACUGAUCUAUAUUGUUAUUUCUUUAUAAUGGAAUGUAUUGUAAGUGACGAACCAAAUGUUCAGCAUACACCUGUAGAUAAAAAUGCAAAAGAAAACGAUUCUGCGGAAAACUUCCAAAAGUUUAUUUAUGAAUUAUUCGAGAAAAACGGCGUAUUGAACGAUUUGAGAGCGUAUUUACGUGGACAUAUUGUCGAUGUGUUAAAAAGUGCGCAAACAGGUGAUCCACCACCAUGUCAAAGACACUUCACUCAACGUCUAGAUCUAACAUACCAAGCAUUGAACAUACUUAUUGCAGAGUAUCUGUUAUGUUUGGAAUUCAGCUAUAGCCUAUCAGUAUUUGUAUCGGAGAUACCACUUGCGAACAUGGUGUUCUCAUACGCUAAAGCAUUGUUACAAAGUCAUAAUGAAGCUAGCCCAACAUUGAGAUUUGAAGAUGGUGAUGUGUGGUCCAUCCUCAACUAUUUGGGUAUUAGGUGUGACUCAGAACAUGCAUGCAAAGUGGUUCAACUGUACAAGAGUAAGGAAAAUCCACCAUUGUUGUUAUGCAUAUUGAAAUGCAUACCAAUGUAUAAUAAGGACGCAAUCACAGUAGAACAAGAUAUUUCAUCAAUGGAAAGCUUAUCGAGUGUUAAGAGUUCUGAUACUAUAGCAGAGAAAAUGAAUAGCAAAAGUGCAUCAUGCCAUGAGAAAUGUAAACAUUAUGUGUUCUGUAAAAUAUGUCAAAACAAAAUUAAUGGUGUCAAAGACGAGUAUAUGAAGAAAAGAAAAAAAAUUGCAAAGACUGUAAAGGAUACCCAUAUGAAUCCAAUAAAUAUGGAAAUACUCAUGAAGAAUAUAAGCGCCAUGGAGAAAAGCCUCAUUGACGAGAUGUUCCAACAAUUGAAGAGUGUGUACGAAGCUGAAGUGGAGAUGGUAAAAGUGGAAGAAGACCAGAGGACCAAGCGUACUCUGGCCACACACGUCGCUGAACUCCAGAGACACCACGACGAGAUGGAGGCGUCGUUCAAAGCUCGGGAGGCUAAAUUGGAGAAAAACGUAGAGCAGAAGAAACGCUUUCUGUGGGGUUUAGCGAGGCAAUUACGUGAUCAGCAUGCCCAGCUUUCAAGAGCGAUGCUCGCUAUGCAUGGGGAGGCAGAGCGACUCACGCGCAAGGAAGAGAGCCUAAAAUGUCAACUACUAGAAGCGGAAACGGUUUUAAAAAAACGAGGCGAGGAGAUGCGUAUCCAAAUAUCCAAUGAGCUGGUUAUUUUAGAAGGCCACCUCGAGUCUAUGAAGCAGGAAAGAGACAAUAUUAACCAAGAACGAUUAGAAUUACAAAGCCACAAAACUGAUACAACAUCUAUGAAAGAUAGCAUAAUGAAUGAAGAUUUGAAAGCACAUUAUGAUCUAUUAAAAAAUGAACUUUCAAUAUUGAAGAAGUAUCUAGAAACUACUAAGAUGGAGCCUAAAUGUGUGAUAGAGAGAGGUACACUUACAGAUUUGAAUGAUGUCACUUCUAAGAUUAAUAUAAUGCUAAACAAUGAGGAAACGGACAGGAAUUUGAGGAAUGAUACUGAGGAGAGAGCGAGGGCACCGAACCAAGUGGUCAAUGAUUUGAAGAAACAAAAGAAUGUUAAUUUUAGUCAGUCCAAUCUCGACGAGGUGUAUCGUCAACGCAGUCGGGAACGCAGCCGUUCGUCAGCUUCCAGCGAAGCGGGCGACGCUGCCGAUCGCGGUUGUGACUGUGACCGUCACGGUGACCGUCAAAUGCCCUGCUGUCACAUGCAGCACGACAUCUUGCAGCAUUUGCGUGAUGAAAAUGAGAGUCUUAAGAACUUUGCAAGACAGCAACGAACACACAUCGACGAUCUGACGAGUCAGCAGGCGCGGUUACAGGCAGAGUUAACGUCGGCCCGUAGCCGCGCCGAUGCGGGCCGACCGCGCACCGCGCCUGCUAUGAUGCCACACUGUAACUACUUUUCUGAAAGAUUAAACAUGAGUGCAAGUGCGAACACGUUUGGUUGGCGCAAAGGUGCCGGCGAGGAAUUAAGCGUGUUCUCAGAGGCCAGGCCACGUGUGCUAGUGCCCGGAGAUGUAUUACCAUUUGUUGGUGCUCUACGGGACUACAGAGAUGGACGCAGGCAUCUAAUAAACCAGUGGCGCGCUCUACGACGUAGCUCAGCAGUCGCCGUUCGCCGGACUACCACUCACGUCACUCUCGACGACCACGCCACUUCACCAGCUACUCCUAUCUUUGAUAGACCUGCCAGUGCUGGUGCCAAACCAGGUAUGAUUUCUGCACAUUGUGGAGAGGAACCGGAUAUAGCUGGGCGAUCACAAAAUAUUACAUUUCGUGAUCACGUACCGACAAAAUCAACAGAAGACGUAGCGGGAAAAAAAGCGAAAGAAAAAAGUCCAAAAUCAAUGUUAAAGGAGGCGAAAGAGAACUUGAAAAAUAAAGACAGCAAAAGAAAUCCACCAGCAAAAUCUCGUGUGAAAAGCCCUAACGCUGUACUCCGAGAAGCUAAACUUCGUUUGAGGAAGCUUGAAAUUGAGGCGGAAGCCGUCGAGAAAUCAUAUUUAGACUUCAAAAAGAGACAGACAGAGUUUAAGGAAGAUAGAAAGUCUUACACCGCUUUUAUGGAGAAUCCUCUUAUAAGGAAUAUUAGUAGUUUCGAUACAAAAGAAAGUAAAACUUUUCAAAAAGUUGAUGGUAACAACACGUCUAAAAUGGAUAUUCAUAAAAAUUACAAGCCAACGGCGCAGUUUAUGAAAACUGAUUUUGAGAAAUAUUUGUGUGAAUAUAAAGCAAAGUUUGAUAUCCGUGAGAUACAUUCCAAAAAUAAAAGCGGAGGAAUUGAAGAACUGUGUCACGAACCUGCCGUUUUAAAAAAAGAUGAUGAAGUAAAGCGUAAUUAUUUGGAAACUCCAUUAAUUGAAUUUAGAAAGUUUUAUCAUUCCCAACAUUUAUCAAGACCAUUGACUAUAAUAGACGACCCAUGUCCAACGUUAUCAGAGAAUAUAGAACAUGACGUAAACAAUGAAAAUAGUAUUCUAGAUGUUAACGUAAAUAACAAAAACAAUGAACAGGUUAUUUUUAAAUCAAGAAAUGAAUUUAUCAGGAAAGCAAAACCUACUGAAGAAGAUGAACUAAAUAUAUUAAAAGAGAACUUAAACAAAAUUUACAAUUUACCAGAGCAAACUGAUGUCAAACCUCUAGAUAUAGAAAAGGAUAAUAUUGAGACCGCUCCAAAAUGUAAUGAUGUAAUAAUGGAAAACAGUGAAAAUCUUCUCAGAUUAGAAGUCGAGAACGUGUGCGAAACAAGUAAAUUGAAUUUAUCACCGUCUCAACCUCAAGAAAUGUUACUCGUAGUACAAAGUUCGGUUGAGGCAAGAGAAGAUUCCCAAUCAGAUGAAAAAGAAAAAAUAUCGACUCAAAUGACAAUUAUCAUAAGUCCAAAAAAGGCUGAUCUUAGCGGUCUUAAUGAUACAAAUAUGGACAGACUGAUAUCACCAGAUAUUCCUAGAAUACCAUCACCGGAAGAAGCUGCCCAUCUGACAAGAAACGAAGUAUUAGAUGCCAUUUUUCACGCAGACGCUAACAACCACAUAUCCAGUACAGAUAUGAAACAGGAGUUACCUAAAGAAGUUCUAGAAGACUCUAUUAGCGAAUAUGAAAAAGGAGGCGACUACGUAGAUGAUUUUUCUGCCGACGUCGACAAUUAUAAUAGUCGUUCUGAAUAUGAAAACAAUUCGCCUAUAUCUCUGCCCAAAACAUCUGAGGACGAAAAUUUUUGGGACUCCUAAAUCACUCUGUUAAAAUAGAAAUCAAACCAAAAUAUGAACCAGUCAUAAUGUAUUUCUCUAAUGUCUAUGUGAAUUAAAAUAUUAUUAUAUAAAACAUACACAUUUCGUUUACUAUUUUUCUCUUUUCAAUAUAAAAGUACAAACAUUCGUAACAUUAUCAUUGCCACAUAUUAUUUUACCAAAUUUGGCAUCACAUUAUACAAUACAACACGUAACAGACGAAAGACUGUGGUUUUUAACACAAUUAUAAAUGCUAGUAAUAAACCCAGUGAAACAUUAUUGUCAAUUUCUAUGGUUUUUGUGGAUUCAACAGUGAAAUUAUCACUUGUCACGAGCUAUAACAAAAUAACAUUAUUAUAAUCAAUAAUUAUGUACAACCAUUUAUUAGCACAAUAUUUUUAUAUAUAAUUAUUAAAUGAGAUUAUCAACUUUUUACCAAAAAAUAGACAUCUGUUUCUUGAUAAAUUUGUCGUUAUAGAAUAUAUUUAUUUAUUAUGUCGUACUAAUACAGCGAAAUAUAUUUUGUGAUGAAUUUAAAUUUCACAAAUGUUUCAUUCACUUUAUUGAAUACACUGACUCCCUUAUUCAUAAAAAUUAUAAAUGCCUAA